GUAGGGACACGUCACGAGUUUACGAUCGAUUACUUGAAAUCGUUCGUUCCUCUGAAGAUGCCGGGCGAUCCUAGCCCUAGAGCUUCUUCUGGCGGCAUUAUAGCCUACAAUGGCGAUUCUGCUCGUGGCUGGAACGACCCACCAACUUUUGCCUUCUCUAAUAACAAAACCGGGAACAAGCCGAAGUUAGAUUUGAGGAAGAGAGUUUCACACCAACAGGCUCUUCACGGGGGACAGUCACCAUCGCCAAGUGUACAGGCAUCCGUCGUUAGUAAAGACGAUGUAGCUAAUGGUGUAGCUGGUCUAAACCUCAAUGGCUUCACACAACCUCUCUUCACACCACCCCCGCCAGUAACCACAACAGCUACUGUUGUAAGCAAUUUCUUGGGAGCUCCAUCGAUGCCAGCUGUGUUCACAAGGAGCAUAUCUACUCCUUCAUUCACUGAUGCUGCUACAUCAAAUGCCAGCCAAGCUGCUGUAAACUCCUCACAAGCCUUGAACUCGCCAACUGUUCAUGCUAAGUCAACAGACAAUCUUUCAGGGAAUCUUGGACAACCUCUGUUUGAUCUUAAAAAUCAUAGUUUUGAACCAGUAAGAACUGCACCAUUACAUAGCAUCCGUUCAACAGCAGAAAUAAGCGAUCAUUUAGAUGAUCAUCACGACAGUCACAGCUCACCACAAGUAUUUCAUCCUAUUGUACCACCUGUAACAACUGCCGCUGGCCCUCUCCUCGCUCAGCCAUCCAUCCCACCAUUAGGUCAUGUAACUCCCCCACCACCAUUUCCAUACCAGCCUCCAGUGGGUCACAUAACACCUCCCCUAUAUCCAGUACACGGUCAGAGCCCCACUCCACCAGCAGUAGCUCAUAAUGGGAAUGGAGUGGUUAAUCAUUCUCCAGCUGGCCACAGUAUGACUCCACCACCUCCCCCAGGGAAUCAUGUGACCCCACCGGCAUCUCUGAGUGCCGGUAAUACUCCUCGAAGUACCUCUCCCUCUGGCCAAGAGAAAAAUGGUGACUCUGUCAAUUCAAUGGAUGAUCAAGAAGGAUUGAAAGUGACCAUGGAUGCAUUGCAGGAUGUUGUUGACAAGCUUAAGGACACCUUAGAGAAAAGGGUUGCUGACGACAUUGCAAGGAGGCUACAAGUAAUGUCUCAGAAUUGGACUAAUGGCAAACUUAGUCCUGGUGUGAAGAGCAGAAUGAUAAAGCUUGCCAAAGCUCUAGAUGAUGGUAACGUUGACGAAGCACACCAUAUUCAUAUUUCCUUGAUGGUAGACUUUGUUGCGGAAGUAAAUCAAUGGAUGGUAGCUGUCAAAAAAUUGAUCAAUUUAGUCCGUUCAUCUAGUGCAUUUCCAACUCAUUCCUGAUGACAAAAGAAUCAAUAUAAUUUAUAUGAAAUUAACAUUAAGCGGUAAUCAUGUGGGAGAAAUCUGAGGAUUUGUGGAUCCCAGGAAUAAGUGAUGACCUUUGAAGAUUUUAGAUAGACAGAACAAAUGUGGCAAGACUUGGCGAUGCUGUACAACAUACUGCAAAGCAACAUUCUGAUAGUUUCAAUUUAUGAGUCAGGUCAGCUAGCAUUAUAGUAAAUUAGAACCAUUUACAGAAUGUACAAUGUAACAUUUUAGUAGUAUAUCAAUUUUCACUUCUAAUGAUAUCUUGUGUUUUGAAAAGUCUGAACAUUUUUCUGCCUACAGUAUAUAGUAGCUCUUGGCUAAAAAUCAUCAAUACUAUUAAAUAAUACAAUAUUACUGUUUCAAAUGGUAGCAAUGUCAAAAUGUUGUAGAGAUAUUUUAUUUUCAAAAGAUUGUGUCAAACAAAACUAGACAUUUAUUUUCUAAAUAGAGAUCUCAAAGAAGCACACAAUCACUAAUUUUUCAUAACAUUUGGUGAAUAUUGGGACCUGACUUUUGUGGUCUAUUGAGAGACAUAUACAAAGGAAGGAGAAUAUUUGAGGAAAUAGCUUCAUCCAAAAUUUGUUACUUCAAAAUUUUUCUCUUUGCCCUAAAAACAGUCAUAAUUAUUAGCAAACUGAACUAUUUAUUAUUAUGCCAGAAAGGAAAACAAUGAUUCACAAGAACUCUGUUUACUUGGAGUCAGAACAAAGAGUUAAACGUAAAAUCAAUAUAUUUAUACUGUAGAUAGUAAAAACUUGUUUUAGUGAUUCACUGACACGUUCAUUUCACAAAAUUCAAACAGCAUCUUUUGCGAUUUCUUAAAUUCCAAGGCUAAAUAAUAUGUUGAGUCUGCCUUUACAGAGAGCUGGGUCACACUGGUUGAAAAGUGAUUUUAUUUCUUUACAAAUUAGUUUUAUUAAUAGCAAUUAAUUGAGAAAUAUAGAAAACCUAUCAAAUUGGUGUUUGGACACAAUCGUCGAGUCUGAAGAAGAUGGAGACAGAUUGCUACAUCUUCAAUUUCAAAUGAUCAUAGGGGUGACCAAGCUCUUUACUGAUAAGACCAGAAAGACCUUUCCCACAUUCCACUUCCGCGCGUACAAACAACAGUACCAAAGCGAGGUUGGGGUGGACAUUUUCAUACAUCUCCUGUAUUUUUGUCCACCCUGACCUCCACUCAGUGUCAUUGUUUGUUGGAAUGCAAGAAAGGUCUAUUUUAACUGGAAUAAAGGCUUGAAAGAUACUGUUGGAAUAAGAUGUGUCUGACACACAAUGUAAAUAACAAAGGCAAGUGUAUAAAUGUAUGAUUUUAUUAAAGGAGUGGUUCAAUUUUAGUAUGAGAAAGUACAAUGUAGUAAUAAAAUAGCAACUCAAGACAAAUCUCAUUCGUUUAGUUUUUUAAUCAUUACCACCAUUAAGUAAUGACAUACAAUGGCUGUUGAAUAUUCUGUUCUUUUGGACUUGUACAAAAAAUUCUAACCUUUGCAGCAUCUCAAAUAGUGCACGUGAUACAUUUUCUGUGGUUCAAAUUUAUUUUUCCAGGGUUAAGAAAUUUAACUUUGUAGUUUGAAUUUUAAUUUAGUGUCUCGUAUUCAGGGUCUUAGUCUGAAACAAAAGGAAUAACAGUAUUUAAAUAAAACAACAACAGCCACAGUUUUGCCUGUAGCAUAAAAAUGACAAUUUGCAAGUUUAUCUAAUUUUACCGUAGAAUUUCCAACCAACUUGCAAGAAUAAUAAGCAUUGAGCUUGAGGAAUGCGACUGCCUUUCUUUGUAGUUUGAUGCACUUUCAUUUGGGUUAACUUGACCUCAUGCUAUCACAAAUGUUGCUUUCUGUAAAACCACGUGCACGUGCUGAAGAUAAAUGCAAAAUCAUUUAUUUUUGCAAAUGUAUCUUAAAUGUUAGACAUAUUAAAGGCUGAGUGGAAAAAUGCUCAGUUUAGUGUCUUGUUACACAAAACAUCUGUGAUUCUAAAUGUAAGGAAUGAAUUAAAACAACUGAAAAGA